AUGGCCGAAAUUUUAAAGGAAUGGCUAACGGAAAGAUUAAGGCGACCAAUAAAAUGGGAAGCGGAGGAGUUCGGUGACCUCAUGAAAAAUGGUCAAAUUAUUGCAAGUGUUUUACUGAGUUAUAAUGUAAUAAAUGAAGAAAAGCAUUUUUUAAUCAGAUCAAGUAAUGCUACUGAAGAUUUAAACAAUAAUUGGAAAUUCUUGAUUGAAUGGCUACGAGAUGUUGAAGUUUAUAUAAACGAUACUGACCUAGCCAGCAUCAAAGAAGGUAAAGGGACUGCAUUAUUAAGACUUUUUUACCAGUUGUUUCUUCACUUAGAUAAGAGAGAUCGCACAAACUUUAUUAAACGCGAAAGAAAAAUGGUUUCCACUCUCGUCGACAAGAUGAAAAACAGGUUUACUGUACAGAAAAUAUUAUCAGAAGAACAGUCUCUUGUUGAUAAUCUUUCAAAACCUUUACUUGAUGAAAGGCAGUAUAUUGAAUGGCAAAAGAAAAAAAGUGAGCAAGUGAAAGAUACCUAUGACUAUAUUCGUCAUAGAUAUUCAAAAACGUUAUCCCGGAUUGAAGAAUCUAAAACCCCUUUGUGUUAUAUGAAACAAACAUCACAUCGAAUUCCUAAUACCACUAAAAAUGAAAUGGAAAAGUUCGCCUUGCGAUACCCGUGCGAAUUUAAAAAUUACACAUAUGAAGAGCUUCUUGAAAUGGAAGAAAAAUCUGCUCAGCGAAAACAAUCUAUGACUGGUUCUGAUUGGGUGAAAGAAUAUAUGAAUAAUUUACAUACAAGAAUGAACAAGAAGUCAGAUGCUAAAGAAUUUCAAACACAGAUUAGAAAUGUCCUUAGCGGCUCUUUGUGGGAUCUUUCUGUGGCUGAAGAAGAGGAUAAACAGGAUAAAGAAUUAGCUAAAAAAGUGAUGAAACUCUCACAAUUCGAAAAACAAAUGUGCACAAAACUAAUGGAAACAAAACAACAAGCCCGAAAUUUAGCAAAAAAUAGAAUUCGUGCUGAAAAAGAAUUUACUGAGCAAAGAGAACAACAGUUUCAUCAAUUUUUGGACAAUGUAAAGGAACAAAUAAAUUUGGAAGUUGCGGAAAUAAAUUUUGAAAAACAAAGACAGAACAUGUUACAUCAAAAAUUGUAUGCCGAAAAAAUGAAACGAAAACGCCAGCACUAUUAUGAAAUAUGUUACGAUACCAUGUUAUCUAUUGUAGACUAUGCAACGAAAUAUGCUUAUUUUACAAAACUAAUUGGUGAUGAAAUUCCAAAUCAUUACAUCCAUGAAUGGAAGACGUUAUAUUUUAAACAGCAACCAGUUUUUGAUAUACUUGACCCAAUGGAAGAUCUAUUAAAGGAGCCAGAUUUUGAAGAAGAAGUUGCGCCCGAAGUUGAAGAAAUUAUAAGGCUAGAACUAGACCGACAAGGAGUGCUAAAUGACAGCGAUUUCAAAGAAUACCAUAAUUAUUCAUAUCCUUGGACGUUAGAUAUAUUAAUACCUAAUUAUGAUCCUGAGUCGGAGGAAAGAAAAUAUGAAUAUCUUGGUACUAGAAUAUUAGGACAUCUGGUUUACACAUUGUUAGAUAUGAAAUACCCAUAUCCACCUCCACGGCCACCAGCAGCACUGCCCGAGUAUUCAGCUAAAGCUAUAUUACGAGGACUUCCAGAUCGGUCUAUGACUGUAGCAAUGCAAACUUUACUUAAUUUGCGAAAGAUAUUUGUUUUACGUCUAGAAUCAGCUGUCAACUAUUGUUUAAAACAGUUCAAAAUAGAGAUGGUUGGUUGUACAGACAUUGAACUCUCUUAUGAUAAAUUAAUUGCCGCAGCUAAUGAAGAAGAAAAUAAAGAGCUUAUUCGAUUAAUGAAAGUUGAUGAAGAAAUUAUGAAUAAGUCAAAUGAACCAUAUGUUCCUGCAACAUCAGGACCUUUGCCGCCUAAUACCAAACAAACCCAAACCCCAAAAACAAUACCAGAAGAAGAUAUUGUUCUAUCACCAGCUGCUGAACUCGGACGGUACACUUAUGAAACUCUUAAUUUUGGAAACUCUUUAACUGAUCAUCUAUUAGCUGCCAUGAUUGUCGAAUAUUUAAAAGAUCAGUCCGAUAUGAAAGGUUUUGUUAUCAUCAAUUAUCCUAAUUCUUACAGAGAAGCUCAAAUAUUAGAAGAAGCAUUUUCUGGUCAUGCUCCUCCGGACGAGGGAGAAUUAGAUGAUAGAGACGAUAUUUACUUGGAAGAGAGUAUUACUAAACAUAGAAAAAAGGAAAAGGAUCCAUACAAAGAAAUAAGAGUUUCAAAGCUAGUCACUGAUCCACAUAAGAAACGAAUUGAGAAACCAUUUCAAAGUUAUUUCACCUGUUAUAUUAGACUUAUAGAAACUCAGGAUAUACUUCAAGAACAAGUACUUUGGGAUUUAACAGAAGAAAAUUCGGAGCUUAUCGAUAGAUUUUAUUCCGUACUAGGUAUAAAUUAUAGUAUGUAUUAUGAACUGAUAGAAAAAGAUUUUCUAGCACAGAUAUGUAAAUACAUAAUUGGCGAUAUCUUGCCUUUGAUAUCAUGUGACUUAUUAUUUGGCGAAAACGUUUUGAGCCUUCUUGAUUUUCCUAGUUCAGAUGAUAAAAGAACAAAAUCAAAAAUAGUUAAACCUGAAACGUCUAAUGGAAAAUCAAAAGAGAAAUUACGGCGUGCGUCAAAAUUAAGCAAAACUUCAAUGUCCAAAAAUGAGUUAGAAGUUGUAAAAGCUUCGGAUUCUAUUGAAGGAGAAAAUGAUGGAGUCAUUAUGAAAUCUGAUGAGGCUAUUGGAGAAACCGACAGUAGACAAUAUUCGAGUUCAGAAGAUAUUAAAAUAUUGCCUGGCGAGGAAGACUGGGAUUAUGGAGAAAUUAUAAUAGCAGAAAUAAUAGGUAUAGCAUUGGCAACAUGCUGGGAAGAAAUAGAAAAAACAUAUAUUAAUGAUAUGAAUAAUUUAUUUUUUGCUAAGCGUUUGCAAAUGAAUUGCUUAAUUCCAUAUGCGAGAUUCAUAAAAGAUAAAAUGGAACAGAUUAUUACUUUACCAUCGUUCAAACAAGAUAUAGUUACUCAAUUUCAAAAGGAAUAUAAUGAUUUUGAGAAUGACUGGCGACAUAUCAAUCUUACAAAAAAUGAAUGGCAUUGCAGGGUCAAAGAAUUACAGAACAAAUUAUAUAACAUAUGCGACGAAAGAAAAUUAUUUGCUGAGCAGCAGAGACAAGCUCUUAUUUCCGAAAAUUGGACAAUGGAAGAAUUAACCUCAAUGGUUAAUACUUAUAUUUCAUGUAUGCAGGUUGAAUUAAACAGAUCUAUAUUAACAUACCAAGCACUUCAUGACUUUUAUUUUGCUAUGAUAAAACAUAUGCCUCCAAGUGAUCGACUUUCUUCCAAGGAAUUAACUAAAAUAUAUAAGGAAUCUGACGAAACUUCUGGAAGCAGGAAAAGUGGCGAAGAUAAAGUAUUCAGGCAAUUAAAAUUAGCUUUUCAAGAUUUACAACUGAAAAAUAUACAAAUAGAUUACAGUAAUAAUCCAUUCAAUAUGAUAAUUGAGAAUAAUGUUAAAUUUGCUAUAAAGGUUAUCAAAGAUACGAAUGAUUCAUAUCGCUCACUCAUUAGUCGAGAAUAUAGUGAGAUAGCAAAGAUUGUACCUCCAAUAAAGAAGAAAGAAGAGUUAACAUCAGAAGAGUCUAUCAGUGAGGAAGAAAUAUUUAAAUUAAAUGCUUUGAAAUGCAUUGAUGAGUGGAUAAUGGGAAUUAAUGGUGAGAUGUAUCGUGCAUGUUUGCGAAUGCUAGCACUUCAGUACAAAUGUUAUCGCGAUAUGAAAUUAUUUAAUGAUCACAUUUAUAAAACAUUUGUCGAUGUGCAAAAUGACAUUAACUCUUAUUAUGCUAACGAAAUUACAGCUGUAGAUAGACUAUGUAAAUAUCUUCAAAUGGCUAUAGAAGGUGGUAGAAGAAUCCCCGAAAGUUUGAUACUUGAACAUGACACUUUCAUAAUUGACCCAAAUCUCGUUCAAUUUUCACCAUCUGUACAAAAAUUGGGACAAGAGGGAAUGAAAGAAAUUGUCAUGGAUAUGGAAUUUAAAUUAAAUCAACUGGCAAGAUUGAGGUCAGCUUUCAAAAUUAUCGCACCAACAGGGUUGGCUUUACAACAAGCUUUUAUUUAUACGGUCCAAGACAUCCUAUGCUUUGGAAAAGAAUCUUGUGAUGGUCCCCUUGUUCCUGAAGCAUGGAAACGUAUUGAUCUAGAGCAGAUUCCUAAACUAGUAUAUUCAUUAUUUGGAGAAACAGCUUACGUUGACUGGCGAGAUUUUCUUAUCUAUUGCUUAAACAUUCGUUUUCCAACGGUAGAUGAAUUAUUGGAUGUUCGUAAGAAGUUCAGGUGUAUUGACAUAGAUUCUACCGAACUUAUUUCCAGAGAUAACUUUAUUAACGAAGAGCUUUGGUAUGAAAAAGAUAUUGAUGAAGAGAAUAGUCCUAUGGAAUUGAGGAAAAAUUUGAUAAAGCAUUUUCUAUUUGAAUUAUAUGAAACAAAAACAGAUCAAAUGAAUUAUUCUGCGUUUCUCUUAGCUUUUUGUAAGAAUGCAGAUCCGAUUGAAGGCUUUGUGACUGCACUGUCAAUGGUAAUCGGUAAAAAGACGUGUCACUCUCUUGAAGACUGUGAGGAGGUUAUUUGUAAACUAAUUAAAGAAAAGCAGUAUAGAGAUGAAUGUUUAGCAUGUGCUCUCAAAUGUACUAAUCAAUUCUUGGAUAAAUUAAUUAUUGAUGUCUUAAAUAUAUGCGAAGGGACUUCAAUUAUUGAAAUGGAAUAUACUGAGCCUCCACCAGACACUGACAAAAAGGGUAAAAAAAGUGCCAAAGGUGGAGCAAAAGCAAAGAAAAUGGAGAACUCACAAAGUGCCCGCAUGCCAAAGGCACAGAAGAGUAUAAUUGCUAGCAGGAGUAAACUAGCUCAAUCUGAAACAGAUUUUAAAACUACAUUUAUAUGUCGACCUUGUGAGGAUGAGGCGGAGAACUUAGAGGAAAAAUCACCAGAAAAAGAGGAGGUUGAAGAAGAACAAAAGAUUGAAGCUCAAGAAGAUAUCAAUUUAGCAUACUCUGUAAGUCAGGAGGCUAUAUGGAGAGUGCUAAAAACUUGUUUACCGUGGCACUUUGUUUUGAUUCCUGAAGAAAAGGUGACUCCUUAUACUGAAGAAGUUAAGAAAAUUUUGAAGCACUUGGAAGUAGACACGGAUAACGGAGAUAUUUAUAUUUGUAAAUUUGUCACCGAUCCAUUCUUUUGUAAAUUGUUGCAUAAAGUAAAUAAAUUUACAGCUCUCAAUAUUGCGGAAGAAGUGAGAAAAAUUACCCUGUAG